AUGGAUAAACCGGAAAUGCCACGAGUGACUACGCCUGACUCGGAGGAGUCGAAGCGAGAUGACACCCCGGAGCCAUGGCAAUCAAGUAUCUCGGAAAAGGCCACUAUGACCAUGGUUCCGGACGACGAGCUGCUUGACUCCCUUCAAAGCACAGAGAAUGUGCAGAAGAUUGUGCGAGAAGGGGUUUUGCUCGCCACCGGGGCUGCAGCCAUCCUUCUGCAAGUUGCCAUGCCCGGUGUCGCCAAGGGCGUCGAUAAUCACAGCAGCUUCGCGUACCGGCCCCUACACCGUCUGCGGACAACGUUGACCUUCGUCUACUGCAUGGCAUUUGGCACAAAGGACGAAAAGCGCGCGAUCAUCUCCAUGGUCAAUCGUGCCCACGCCGAGGUCAAAGGGCCGGAUUAUUCGGCGGAUGACCCGCACCUUCAGAUGUGGGUGGCGGCCACCUUGUAUGCCAGUGGCAUCUUCAUGUAUGAAGAGGUCUACGGCGCCAUGGAUCCCCGCAAGGCGGAUAUGAUCUAUCGAGAAUAUUCCGUCCUGGCACGGUCCCUGCGGGUGCCGCUCGAGAUCUGGCCCAAGGACCGAAAGGCCUUCUGGCGCUACUGGGACAAGACGGUGGCCAACCUAGAAGUUACCGAUCACGCCCGCAACAUCGCCCAAGACCUGCUGUAUAACAAGCAGCUGUUCCUGCCCCUGCGGAUGGGUCUACCUUUCGUGCGCUUGAUGACAGCUCAGAUGCUCCCUGAACGUCUGCGCGUAGAGUACGGCAUGAGCGACGGCCGUCUGCGGCGCUCGAUCUAUAAAUCAGUGAUCCUGGGGGCCAAGAUCGCCUACCCGAUCAUUCCUCGUUUUAUUCGGACGGUCCCCAUGAAAUACUACAUGAGAGACAUGCGUCGUCGACUGAGGAGGAUGGCCUAA